AUGGAGCCGAAUCAGUGUGAGUGCUCCGAAAGCCUGGUCUUUGACAAGGGGAGGAGCGGAACCCUAGACAGCCUCAGCUUGGAGAGGGCGGUCAGCAGAAGCAGCCAAAUCAGUGAGAGUUGCGGGGUCGCCCGCGCCAAGCGAGGCUUCCGGUCCUGGACUUCCUUUCAGAACUCCUACGAGCUCGUCGGCAUAGGCGAGGAGAAUGACCGCAGAUGUUUGCACAACCACAUGCUGCACCAGAUGGAAGCGAAAAAGAGCAACAGAUUUGUCUGCGAUUUCUGCCGGCGGAAGAUCGUUCAGGGCGAGUUAUUCUGGUCCUGCGAGCGAUGCGUUUGGGAUGUGUGCCAGGCCUGCUAUGCCAAAGGCGCCAGAUUCAAAGCAGGCAGCGAGAUUGAAUUGAUCCAGCCUUUUCAUCACUACCGAAGGCACACCUCCGGUAUCAUUCAGGAGGUCAUCGACGACAGCGAGGGGAGGCAUCAGCAACUGCUCGUCACCCUGCGCCACGAAGAUAGCCCUUCAGAAGAAAGACUGCAACGGGAGGACUUCUCAAAGAUCCGGGUUAUCGAGAAAAGCCAGCUGAAUGUCAGGCUCCUAGUGGGAGUUUGCCUCAUCGUUGCAUUUUUCCUGUAUGGAAUCCUCGAUCAUCAUCGGCUGAGUCGUUUGAUUUCACGUUUGGUCCACUGGUGCCGGACGAUAGGCAUGUGGUCAGCACUGAUUCUCUUCCUUGUUUCUUCGGUGCUCCCGGUGAUUAUGCUGCCGGUUUUCCCCGUCAUGGCACUUUCUGGACCAUUGUUUACCAAACUGAAUGAUGGAGAGGCCAUCACAGGUGGUGCGAUUGCUUUCGGCGUCGUCUUCAGUGGCCUUUGGGUCGGAAGUGUCUUGGCCUUCGCUUUGGGCAAGACGCUGCUGAACGAUUAUGCGCGGAAAGCGAGCAAGCACAGCCGCGUGCUGCGGCGGCUAAACCGCAUCAUCGACAGUGCAGGAGUGAAGAUUGUGUUCAUGGCACGGAGCUUGCCAAUUCUGCCGGCGGAAGUCUUUGACUACGCUUGCGCGAUGACGUCUUUGGCAGUGCAUGAGUAUGCCAUCGGAUGUUUAGGCUCGGCAGUCCCGGUGGCAUUCUGGACCUUCAGCACUGCACAGGCUUCAGAUCUCACGAGCCCGAAGCGGUCGCACGCCACCCACUUGGCGCUGAUCAUUAUCAAUGUUGGAUGCCUGGCACUUCUCACUGUCCUACUCGUUGGCGUGAUCCAGAAACACGAGCAGGAGCAUGCAGAAGAAGAUGAGACAAUACAAAUAGCCUGGAAUACUGGUUGGAAGGAUCCGAAGACAGAGAUUUUACAGGUUCUCAGUUUCCAUCAGCUAGAUCCACACAAAGAAGGUAGAGAUUUCACUAUCCGGGACUGCAACAACAAGCUGCUGCAGCUGGGGGGUGUCCUUUCGAUCGGCUCUUUCCUCAUCCGGAAGUGGGACGACACAAGCGAAGUCUCAGAAGACCUCUUCCCACUGAAAGUGCACCUACACAAGGAGGCACCGCUUGUUAACGAGCUUUUGGAGCCGGCAUCUACAAUGAUCAAGUAUGCCAGAGACAGGCUAGGCUCACAAUCCGAGCCUUUGGGUCCAACUGGUUCAACUUCUCUACGGUAUCAGCCGAUCGACACCUUGCCAGAGGAGCCUUAG